UGUUUCACUUUUGACAAUGAAUACUAUACGAGGGGUUCUGUGAUUAUGAUGGACAUGCACGUUCACUGAGUCUUUCUGCUUCAGUUGCCCGUCCUGCACUGACACGGAUCAGUGCAGCAUCACUACGAGUGCGAGUUGAUGGUUCCAACAGCGGCUGUUGAACUCGCCAACCACACUCGCUCAGGCUGACAAUUUUUGUUCAAACUCCAGGCCGUUUUAUAUUGCAUGGACAAGGCUGAUUCGUCACCGGGAUUAAAGUCUUACGAUUAAAGGGCGUUCAUAACAUUGGCUGGAUCGCAUCUUUUUACGCGGACAGUCAGAAAGCGCGGGACUUGUAUUGGAGAUGAUACUUUUGCCUUGCAGACAGGAGCGGUAACCCGACGACGCAAAUCAUCAGGCCGUUCGAUUAGCCGGUAACAGGACCCAAUCACAGCUUGGAUCCCGUCUAAUUUGAAAUCAUCAUAAUGAUGUUGUGCUCGUCUAGAAAUCCCAUGUGUUGCAAUGCCUAGUAAUAAUGCGUACGACAUCUGUUUAAUAUUUCCCCGGCAUUGGUCGAUCAUCAUGGUGGACCCUGCCGCCUCGGGUAGGCGUAUGGCUGGCGGGGGCGUACGUAAACGACACCGGCAUUUUGCUUCAAGCUUAAGAGGGAUGGCCAUUUCUACAGUACUCAAGAUAAUAGUUGUUGCGUGUAUCGCCAAUCCAUCAACGCCCUCUGUCAUCGGUCAUUCCACAACAACACAAGUGUUGACAGCUGCACUUCAACAUGGAAUCGCAGCUAGUCCAAGCUCCUCCAUACCAGAAGUUGUAAUUCCUGAAACUCCCCAAGCCGAAAGAACCAAUGUGUCUGAAAGCCGGACAAACGUCUUGACAUCUACCGAAACUUAUCUGCCUACUGGUCCGGAGAAUGGAGCCCAAGCAUCGGCCACGGCGGGCAGAACGCCGAGUGAUGUACCGCCGCCGGAGCCCGCGUCUACAACGGGAAUGGCAUCAGGCGUUUACAGAACAUCAUACCCACUGCCUCGGCCUGUCAUCAAUGGUACGAGUGUGGACGUUACAGCCCAUGGAGUCAGCCUAUGUCUCGUCGAGCCUGUUGGUCCAGAGGGAUCCAUUAAUUACUUCCUGAUCACCGAGUCUUACCUUGACGGUACACGGACAUGGAACCGCAGCCACGACCUGCUUAACAGCACAACGGUGUGCGUUCGCAAGCAGGAUCUGGUUGCUGGCGUACUAUACAGCGUGCAAGUGGUCGCACGAGAUGACGAUCGCGGAAGGUCCGCGAGUGAACUCCUGAACAUCACAACAGAACUUCCUCCGAUAGAACUGGUUCUGGAUCCAGUCUUGGAACUCCUAGAAGACGACAUGACAGAGGCGACCAUAGAUUGGUCCUUCCAGAAUCUCACCCACGUUGAGAGGUUUGUCUUCUCCUACAACCAGACCGACAACUAUCCGGGUGGAUUCCAGCAAUACGAGACACAGAAUCUUAGUGGCUCGACCCGUAGCGUCACCCUAAAAGGGAUUUACCCCGGUGCUAACUAUGACCUGUAUCUACAAGGCUUCAGCGGGCCGCACACCACGACUGUCGUAAGGCGAUGGACCCCAGCAACAGAGCCGCCUUCCCAUCUGACACCCCUGGCCACUACCUCCACCACCAUGGAGCUGGCAUGGACCUUCCCUCCACAUACCCCUAGGCCUCUAGUCAGGGAAUUCCUGGUCACCUACAGGGUCAUCAGUGGCAAUCCCUGGAAGCACGGUGGCCAGGCUGUUCAGUGGACCAACGACACUAGAAUUGUUCUGGAGGGUCUGAUCCCAGACGCCAAGUACGAGGUGAAUGUCAGCACCAUCAGUAUCAGCGGUCGGCCCAGCUAUGCCAGAACAGUCAUCCAUGAAACAGCAAUUGCACCGCCCCAUAUCUCCACGGUCUCUGCCACCAGCACCAGCUUCACUCUCGUCUGGGAGCCACCCCGGGGGAACUAUCAACAUAUAGUGACCUGCUCCAACUGCCUGUUGAGGUUUCAGACGCUAGCCCCUGGCGUGAACAGGGCUACCUUCGGAGGACUGAGGCCAGGGAAUGUCUACAACGGCACCCUGGUGGCGCUGAAGGACAGUCUGAUCAGGAGUGAUCCCACCACCUACAGAGAGCUGACUUAUCCACAUGGACCCUCCGUAGUCCACGUCCGGUUGCUGGACCCCCACGGUACCAGCCUAGAAGUCUCCUGGCAUGCCAGUAUCUGUCCUGGCUGCAUGGUAGAUUCCUACACCACCUCCCUCAUGAUCUCCAGGACCUCCAGGCGAUUGUAUUGGAAGCACUCCAACUGCCUGGUCGGCACCUGUCGUGUGGUGUACGACUCACUGCAGCCGGGCCAGGAGUAUCACGCGGAGGUCAACGCGGUCAGGAUGGAUCUGUUUAGCGAUCCGCCAGCAUUAUCCAGGAAUAUAAGAAUACCCCCAGCCACCCCCAGUCACAUCACCUUCACCAAAGUCACCCACACUCAGAUCACCAUGUCCUGGUCCCCUUCCUACGGCAUAGUGGACAAAUACAUCAUCGCUCUGUGCCAGGGGCCUGCCCCUACCGCCGACUGCAUCUACCGGAUCGAAGUCAACUCUUCCAUAACGGAAUUCAAAGGCCUUGAGCUGACGCCCCGCACGAGGUACAACAUCACGCUGAGCGCCAAGUCGGGCGAACUCACAAGCGCUGUCUGGUGGGUUGUCAAGUCAACAACUUCAGACUUUCCAGUGGUGAACAGUCGGCCGCCGAAAGCCCCCAGCGUCAAUGACGUCACCCCGUACACAUUUCCCGUGACCUUUGACACCAGCUAUUUUGAUUCCAACCAGGCCUUGUUGUACUACACCGUCCUGGUGGCCGAGGCUAGCGCCGUAAGCCAUGCAAAUCUCCCGAAAUACGGCAACUUGUCGGAGGGUCUACAGACCCGCACAUGGGCCAAGGCUAUCGGCAGGGAGACCAUACAACGCUACCAGAUUGCUGACAGAUACUCCUAUGGGGAGCUCAUAUCAGAGUCUGGCAAGAGAGAAGCUUAUGCUAAGAAGACCAUCAUUAUCGGAGAGGAAGAUUGCUCAGAAGAAGAGAAAGACGUCUACUGCAACGGACCACUGAAGCAUAAUAAGAUAUACGUCUACCAGUUUCGUGCCUUCACAGCAACUGGCUACGCUGACACUCCAUUCUCACAUCAUGUGAUGCUACCUGAGGAUAAUUCUGGUGUCGUGGCUGGCAUCAGUGUUGUCUUGAUACUUCUUUUCAUCAUCGUGCUGGUUCUGAUCGCCAUGAUUAUGGGACGUAAAUACAGAGGGAACUAUGGCAAGUACAUGGCUGCACGCUCCAUGGAACCCCUCCCCGUCGGUGUCAUGGCCCGUGCCUCUACCAGCCGACGCUUCUCCCGGCCUGUCCGUCUGAUGGACUUCUGCCAUGACUUCCAAGUCAUGAACGCCCACUGCCACUACGGCUUCUCUCAGGAAUACGAGUCCGUCAUGAAGGUGGGCCGUAAGCUGACCAGCAACGCUGCCGUGCUGGCCGCUAACGUCAGCAAGAACCGCUACACCAACAUACUGCCCUUUGACAGGACCAGAGUCAUGCUGAGCCCCAUUGAUGAUGUGGAAGGUUCCGACUACAUCAAUGCCAACUACAUCUCAGGCUAUAACUCUCCGAGAGAGUACAUCGCAUGUCAGGGCCCACUACCAGGCACAGUGGAUGACAUGUGGAGGAUGAUGUGGGAACAAGACGUCGCAACCAUCGUCAUGUUAACGCAGCUGGUAGAAAAGGCAACGGUAAAAUGUGACCAGUACUGGGAGGAUGACAACACGCCAUACCUGCACGGUGAAAUUCAAGUCACUUUGACAGCUACUACAGAAUUGGAACAUUGGACGAUCCGAGACUUUACUCUUGAAAAGGGUGAUGCCACCAAGAAGGUGCGACAUUUCCAUUACCUAGCCUGGCCAGACCACGGGGUACCAGACUCCAGCACCGCCCUCCUGAGUUUCAUCCGGACAGUGCGGACACAGUUUCCAAAGAACGGGACACCGACAGUUGUCCACUGCAGCGCUGGGGUUGGACGCACUGGGACCUUUGUGUGUUUGGAUCGUCUUAUGAAGCACAUGGAGGAGUUUGACUUUGUUGACAUCCUGAGUGUGACCUGUGACCUGAGAAUGCAUCGAAGCUACAUGGUCCAGACGGAGCAACAAUACGUCUUCAUCCACAAGUGUGUCCUGGACAUGUUAGAGGAGAAAGGAAUCGCUCCCAAGCGUCUUCCCAGCAUCUCCUCCCUCGACACCUGCGACAUGGCUUCCACCCGGCAAGGCAGCGACGCCUCAGCCAUCAAACGACGCCUCUCCGACACCGAGGGCGAUACCGUCGAAGCCGAGGACGUGGUGGUGUUUCGUCAACACCUGUCCCAGGACUUGGAGGAGGAUGACGCCAAUAAGAGGUUCUCCAUGUACAGCAUGGGUUCGCCCAAGCGAUCACUGAUUGAAGACGGAAGUGAGGGGCGGGCGUCGCCCUCACCAAAGCGCCGCAGCAGCAACGGCUCGGCCAAGAAAAUGUCCAAACACAUGAAAGAAGAAUUCGUUUGAUUCCUGAAGUCACAUUGUUUGGUGAACCCAGAAACUGAAGUUCCUGUCCUUCGUUAAAGCCUGCCCAAGAUCACUGCUCUUCAAUUGAAAGUGGAACAUUCGUCUUAUUUAUGUCAUAACUCACUCCAAAACGUAUAUAAUUGAUUAGAAGUUGAGAGAUAUGAUCAGGUGUAUUGAGCCAAGAAUCACCGAAGGACUUUAAAAUGUUGUGUUUUCAGUGUCCAGUGUCUGUUGAGUUCCAUGGAUGAUUCAGUCAAAUAAAUGAUUUAUGUGGAAGUGUGAUGAUGACCUUAUAUUACAGCCAUUUCACUGAAAAUAUGCCAGAAAUAAAGAUGUAUCUUAACCUUGAAAAAGUAAAGUUUGUUUCACAAACUAAGCCUGUAAAUAUUACUACCUGAAAUUUCAUGUGAGAUAGGAUAUCCAUUACACUCUCUUAUUUUUCCUUUAAUGAUAGCGACAAAACUGCCAAGCCUGCUUAUGUAAAUACUUGCUAAUCAAAAUGGGCUUGUGCACAAUAAACAUUUGGAAUGGUAACAGUAAUUUUUCUAAAAGAGUAUUUACAUUUUUCGGGGUUAAAACGGAGGGGAGUUUAGAAAGGAUUGGUCCUGACUUUCUGAAUGAGCCAGGAUGACUUUCACCCUUUAAGUCUUUCCUUUAACAUGCGAACUGCACAAGUUAAACCUUUCAAUACAAUUUCAAGACAUACAUGGUAUUUGUCGGAUCUACUGGGGAAGUGUUUAUCUAAGGGCACUUUUUAGUGAGAUUUUGGGGGUAUUUCAGGGUAAUGUCUGAAUACAAAUUAUUGGAUGUUUAUAAAGCAGACCAACUUGCUUCUAUAACUUGGAACUGAAAUUAUGCCCUGAAAGAUAAAUUUCUUUGUGGUUUUCAUUUUUUUUUAUAAAGUGUAAAACUAUUUCUUCCUGUUAACAUUUGAAAUAUGUAAUGUAAAAUAUUGAUGCUUCACUCUGCAAUUUCAUAACAUGAUAACAAUGUCCUUGAUGCAUACUUGCAAGCUGUGGGUUGGUUUACAAAUCUAAACAUUUCACUGUAAAAUGUGCGGAGAGCAACGUGAACACGCUUGAUUGGCUCUUUUGCCUGUCAGCAUCGUACAGGGGCCAAUUUCAUGGCGCUGCUAAGCACAAAAAAUUUGCUUAGCACAAAAGUAGU